GUGUCAUGACCUGGAUCACAACCAGUGUGUUUCGGGAACAGCGUCGACUGCAACUUUGCAAGGCAUUGAGCUCCUCCAACUUUCAAAGUGGCCAAUAGUUUCAGCAAAACUGUUUGCACACACGCUGUCAGGGAGUUGCCAGUAGCAAGGCCAAGCCCAGCAGACAGGAGGAGAGGGAGGGAAGAGAAGCACCCACGCCUACUAUCUUCAUCAUGGGUGAAGAGGGGCCUCCCAGUCUGGAGUACAUCAAGGCUAAGGAUCUAUUCCCCCACAAGGAACUGGUGAAGGAAGAUGCAAGUCUUCAGGUGCCCUUCCCGGUUCUUCAGGGGGAAGGAGUGGAAUAUCUUGGCCAUGCAGAUGAGGCUAUCAUUGCUAUUUCAAACUACAGACUCCACAUCAAGUUCAAGGACUCUGUCAUCAAUACCUACCCAGAUGUGGACAAUGAAAUAUCUGUUCCUCUUAGGCUGAUCGAGAGCGUGGAGAGCAGGGAUAUGUUCCAGCUGCAUAUUAUCUGCAAAGACUCCAAAGUUGUCAGAUGCCACUUUACAACCUUCAAGCAGUGUCAGGAGUGGGUGAAGCGUCUGACCAGGGCCUUGGCUCAUCCAUCCCGCCUAGAGGACCUCUUCGCCCUGGCCUAUCAUGCAUGGUGUCUGGGAGGCAGUGCUGAUGACGAGGACCAGCAUGUUCAUCUUUGUCGUCCAGGUGAUCAUGUGCGCCAGAGAAUGGAGAUGGAGGUCAAAAGGAUGGGCUUUGACACGCAGAACAUCUGGCGAGUGUCAGACAUAAAUUGCAACUAUAAGUUGUGCUCCAGCUACCCACAGAAGCUUCUUGUUCCGAUAUGGAUAACCGACAAGGAGCUGGACAGCGUGGCCUCCUUCAGAUCCUGGAAGAGGAUUCCUGUGGUGGUCUACAGGCACCAGAAGAAUGGGGCUGUGAUUGCACGCUGCAGUCAGCCUGAGAUCAGCUGGUGGGGCUGGAGGAACACAGAUGAUGAGUACUUGGUGACAUCGAUUGCCAAAGCUUGUCAAAUGGACACGGGAACCAAGGGUCCCUGUGGCGCACCAGCCUGCCAACAACGCGGGGAAGUUCCCGACUCAUCGGACAGUGAUUUUGACUCCUCCUUGACGGGCAACUCGGGCUGUGACGACAACACGGUGUCACAGAAGCUGCUGAUUCUGGAUGCUCGCUCUUACACCGCUGCAGUGGCCAACCGUGCAAAGGGCGGAGGUUGUGAAUGUGAAGAGUACUACCCCAACUGUGAGGUGAUGUUUAUGGGAAUGGCCAACAUCCACGCCAUCCGGAACAGCUUUCAGGCCCUGAGGACAGUCUGCAGUCAGAUACCCGAUCCUGGAAACUGGCUUUCAGCUCUCGAGAGCACCCGUUGGCUGCAGCACUUGUCUGUAAUGUUGAAGGCAGCCACUCUGGUGUGUUCCUCUGUGGAAAGAGAAGGCCGUCCUGUUCUUGUGCACUGUUCGGACGGGUGGGACCGUACACCCCAGAUUGUUGCUCUGGCCAAAAUCCUGUUGGAUCCCUACUACAGAACACUAGAGGGUUUCCAGGUGCUUGUAGAGACAGAGUGGCUGGACUAUGGUCACAAGUUUGGGGACCGCUGUGGCCACCAGGAGAACGCCGAUGACGUCAGCGAGCAGUGUCCCGUCUUCCUGCAGUGGCUGGACUGUGUUCACCAGCUGCUCAAACAGUUCCCCUGCCUGUUUGAGUUCAAUGAGGCCUUCCUGGUCAAGUUGGUGCAACAUACGUACUCGUGUUUGUACGGUACUUUCCUGUGUAACAACGCUCGUGAGAGGGAGGCAAGGAACAUUUACAAGCGCACCUGCUCCGUCUGGUCCCUGCUUCGCACAGGAAACAAGAACUUUCAGAACUUCCUCUACAUCCCAAGUCAUGACGUGGUGCUGCAACCCGUCUGCCACACGCGGGCGUUACAGCUGUGGACAGCAGUCUACCUCCCCACUUCUUCACCUUGCACUGCUGUGGAUGAUUCCAUGGAGAUCUACUUGUCCCAGAGCGUCACAGGAGAGGAACUCGCUUCCCGUCCCCUAGACAGACUUCCCAAGACCCGCUCCAUGGACAACCUGCUGUCAGCUUUUGAAAAUGGCAUGCCCCUGACACGGACAUCCAGUGACCCCAAUCUUAACAAGCACUGCCAGGAGGGUCGCCCCGUCCUGGAGGCCGCAUCCGCCUCGGAUAGUACAUGUGUGGACGGCUCUGAUGAGGUCAUACCUGACAGUGGCGGCGGGGAACCCCUGGAGCCGAGUCCGACCGAGCCCCCAGAUGGUGUUUGUGAGGACACGGCCGAGGAACCGUGUCAUACCACUCAGCCUCUGCCCUCUCUGCCUCUUCCUCCUGUCCACAUGGCUUCAGGCGUCAUACAUGCUCACACUCCUCUCUUUGCUCCUGUCUUACAACAAGCUCCAUUGCACACCGCCACCCUCCCUCUUCCAACAGCUCUGCUGGAGGCUGAGAACCCCUAUAGGACUUCUGAGAGCACCAUGCCACCCAAUCUUAAAUCAGGAUCUUGCUUACCACUGACCCACGAUGCCACACUACCGUCAGCCACCGCACGAUGCCCGCUGCCUGACGCCCACAUUGGCAGUCAGGAAGAUGGCCUGCUGCAGUCUGCAGACCUCAUGGCUGUGAAGCUUCUAACGCCACCGGUUCCCCUGGAGGACUCUACUGAGACCCUAACAGAUCAGGGAGAGCCUCCCCUCCCCCUGCCUCAUGAGCAGAGCAGUGGUCAUACUCUCAAUCAUUUCAACCACGAGGAGCAGCAAAUGGCCAAAGUAGCAGUUGAGUCCCACAAAGAGGACACGACCGCAGAUGUUGUCAAAGGAAAAGAUGGGACAUUAGCAGCUGCAGCAUCUCCGAUAGACUACAUUCAGGGAGCAGCUCGCCAUCUGAUCUCCCAGAGCCCGCUGUCAGACAGGUCCCUCUUUGGCUCCCAUUGGGGGAGUGUUCAGGGCCUCAUGCAGUCCUCCUACAGCAGUGACAGUCACUGCACCAGCCGCUCUCUGCAGGCCAACACCUACCAGAGCCGCCGACUUGCACACAAGCUCCUGCGCUCCCAAGGCUUCCCCUUCCCAAACGGCUCACAGUGCUGCCGCAGGGAGGUGCUUUGCCCCAGCAGCCCUCUGCAACCCGGAUGGCCGUCUGCCACCAGGAGUACGGGCUACCCUGGCCUGAGUGGAACUACUCAAAACAACUGCUCACUGGCUGGCUACCAGCUUCCGCCCGUGUCGCACCCCUCAUCCUCUGCCUCCAGCUCCCCCCUUCCCCCCCAAGCGCCGUCUUACCUCGAUGACGACGGGCUGCCGGUGCCCAUGGACGCGGUUCAGCAAAGACUACGUCAGAUCGAAGCGGGCUACAAGCAGGAGGUGGAGGUGCUGCGGCAGCAAGUGCGACAGCUGCAGAUGAGACUGGAGAGCAAACAAUACAGCACCCCUCCCUCAGAGCCAGACAUCGACUACGAGGAUGACAUUACGUGUCUGCGGGAGUCAGACACCAGCCACGAGGAGGACUCUCUGUCCACGCAUAGCGAAGACCGUCUGUCUGAAGGCAGCUGGGAUCGAGUGGAGAGCAAGGACACAGAGGUCACGAGGUGGGUGCCCGACCACAUGGCCUCUCAUUGUUUCAACUGUGACUGUGAGUUCUGGAUAGCCAAGCGGCGUCACCACUGCAGGAACUGUGGCAACGUGUUCUGUAAAGACUGUUGUCACCUGAAGUUGCCCAUCCCGGACCAGCAGCUGUACGACCCGGUGCUGGUGUGCAACACCUGCCACGACCUGCUGCUCGAGUCCCGCACCCGCGAGAUCCGCAGCCAGCAGUUCAAGAAGGCCAUCGCCACAGCCUCCAGUUGAGAGGAACGUCCUCCCGUAGCUCAGCGACGAAUUCACGAGUGGUCACCCCCCAACCUGCUGUGGAUUUUGGCUGCGAGGGUGUGAGCUGCAGCGAGGAGGAGUUGAUCCCCUUUGGGAGGCUCGUCCUGGAAGCGGAGGUGCUCUGAGAGGUGAGGCACAGGGAGAAGUGUCCCAGGACCAACUCUUUCUGUUCAGACAUUUCAGCCUGUAGCAUGGCAACGCCCUCUAGCGGUAACCUCAAGUACCGGACACCUGCACUCGCCGCAAAGACACCGUCACACUUGACAGGGACAAUCGGUCGGCGGUCAGCGACGCCGAGCCUUUACCUGAUCUACUGGAGGUUUUCAGCUUAGGAAAAAAACGAAAAGAAUUGCUGCUAUUGUAUUUAAAAGUCUAAUUUUGUAUUCUUAUUUUGUGCACCUCUAAGUUGUUGUCUAAUGGAGGGAAUCCUGAGACCAAACUUGAGCAAAAGGGAGAAACCUGCUGUCGCCAUUGAAUGUAAACUGGACUGAGUUUGUGUGUGUUUUUGUGCCCACGGCCGUGAGUGAACAUGCGGUCACAUUCACUGCCACAAGCUCGGAGUCACAUCUGCUCGGCAUGUUGCUGGGGUGUCAAGAGGCACACAAAACAUGUUUGUGUUUUGGAAAGUCCUCUGCAGGGUACACUGGGAACUGACUGAUAUUUUUCCAACAGGGUCUGCGACUGACGGGCCUCAAAAAGCCUCAUUGUCCUGAUUGGCAUUGUGAGAGAAAAACACUCAACCUUAAAGCUUGGUGGUUCUUUUUCUCAACAGGUCCCCCUCCCCCAUUUGAAAAACAAUCUAUAUAUUAGUUUGUGUCUACUGGUUGUUCAAUUGUGCCAUAUUGUUGCUCUUCUGUCUUGUUUUUUCUUUCCAAUAGCAGGCCGCAGGUCACUAAUUGGCUCCUCCUCUGUGUUUAUGGUACAGGUAUUUAGCUGCUAAAGAUUAACACGUUGUUCUAAUCAUUCACCGUAUGAUCACAUGUCACUCAAUUAGCCGACCUAAUCAUUUACAACCGGAGAAACUCAAGUGUAACGUACAUGUUGAUAUCUGAUCCAUGGUGGUGGCUAAAACUGUUGUUGAAUUCGUGAAUAACUUGUAAAGAAAUGCACUGUAAAAGUUAACUCCCAUUGGCUAAGAUAAAAGAUUAUAUGAUGGAUCUGUUUCCCAGCUUGUGUGUUUUCUUGUCACGGUAACAACUUUUGCUGGUCGAUAAUUGUGCUACAAAUUAUCGUUGAUGUUCAAUAUUAUCGGCAGUGUUUUUGAGACAGUUUUAUCACUAAUUGUAAUGGGAGGUGUAAUUCACAUUUGAACCACUAGAUGGUACUCAAGUAUAGUGUACGGUGUACCUGAGUGCUUGACAUAGAAGUUGCCUGUAUGUAUGUUUUUGCUAUGUAGCCAGC